UUUCUGUACCAUCCACUCCAUCCUCAUCUAUGGUAUAAACACCAACGGCUGGGAUUCAUUUAGAUCUGAUCAUCUGGCUGUGAGACGGUCUCGAUGGACGAUCAUCCCAUCCGGAUUUAGGACGUUUUUUGUUAUGUUUUGACCCGGUGAAUAAACCUUUGUGGACGUUAAGCUCGGACAAGUGUCUCGGGUUUUGUUAUGAUCCGCUGCGACGUUAAUCCUCAAACAGCUUCGUGUGGCCCAGUUCGCCACUGAUUAGGAUCCAGACAGGAGGACAAGGCUGUGGUUGUUUUCCUGAAACCUCCUGUCACCUGAAAAGUGGAGCAGCUGGGAUGGAGCGCAGAGGAGGAUGAGGAUGCAGCUGAGAGACUGUGGAUAUGGGUGGUAUUAAUAGGAGCGCUUGAGAGUUGCAGGCGUUCACUUUCGAGACCGGAGGACUCUGGGCUGAGAGGGGGGCUUCUCGUCCAGACUGCGCAGUUGGAGCAAAAAUAGAAGUAAAAAAGGGACUGAAAGAGGUAUUCUGCUCAUCAGAGAGGCAACAUGGAAAACGUGCUGGCAGUUCUUAAUUUGGGCGAUCUUGCCCAGGCUUUUUCCAAAAUGGGAAUGUUUCCAGUGUUUGAUCUCGCCUAUUAUAUCGUUUCCAUCCUCUACCUCAAAUAUGAGCCAGGCUCGGUGGAGGUGUCUCGCAGGAGUCCCGUGGCCUCCUGGCUCUGCGCUAUGCUCUACUGCUUCGGUAGCUACAUCCUGGCUGACAUCAUGCUCGGGAGCAGCCCUGUUGACUAUUUCCAGUACAACAGCCACAUCCUGCUGGCCUCAGCUGUCUGGUACCUCAUCUUCUACUGCCCCCUGAACCUCUUCUACAAGUGUGUGGCCUUCCUGCCUGUCAAGCUGGUGUUGGUCGCUCUUAAGGAGGUCGUCCGCACUCGUAAGAUCGCCGCAGGCGUCCACCACGCCCACCACGCCUACCACCAUGGCUACUUCACCAUGGUGAUCGUUGGAUACGUCAAAGGAUCUGGAGUGGCUCUUAUUUCCAAUUUUGAGCAGCUGCUGCGCGGUGUGUGGAGGCCCGAGACUAAUGAGGUCCUCAACAUGUCAUUCCCGACUAAAGCCAGCUUGUACGGAGCGAUUCUGUUCACCCUGCAGGAGGCCCACUGGCUGCCAGUGUCCAAGAGCACCCUCAUCCUGGUCUUCACCCUCUUCAUGGCCACAACCAAGGUGGUGAUGACAGCCCGGCACUCUCAUGGUUCCCCCUUCAGCCUCAUUGAGUCCUGGACUUGCCAUUUGCUGUUCGGCUCUCCCCUGGGUGGCGGCGAGGAGGACAACCAUCAUCCUCCUGCUGGUGCUGCUCCUCCUUCACCUGUCAAAACCAAGGAGGAGCUGAGCGAAGGUGCUCGCAAGAGGAAGGCCAAGAAAGCUGAGUAGGACGUCAUGCUGGUGAAACUGCAUUUGAAUUGUCCUGAUGCCAUUGACUUCCUGUUCCUUUUAUAAGGAAAGGAGCAGUUUGAUCCCUCUCCAGAUGAGACCCUUUUUAUUGGAGCGACAUGGUGUUUUUUGCAUUUUACAUAGCUGGGGGACUGUAAAUACCAAGGCAAAUGUUUCACACGUCAACCAAACCUCGACAUCUUAAAGCUGAUUACUUAUGAGUCUGGGGACAUCUGCAUCUUCACCCAACGCUGUGUGGUGAUCCAGGGGUGGUUCAGGAGCUGCAUGGUAUCAAUAUCAUGGCCAUGGCUCCACACCCAUAGUUUUAGUUCUUGGAAGUGGUCUUAUUUUAGUCAAUUUUUUUGUUAUCCAGAAAGAAACAAAAAAAAAAGACAAUUUGAUUCAGCUCUCAAUCAGAAAUGAAAAUGUGAAUAAGGCAUUAUGUAAGUUAACAUUUCUCCUUUAUAUCUGAGAUGAAACCAGAUUUCUAUGAUUAAAUAAAAUCAAGAGAAAUGUUGUGUUA